AUGGUUUUCGUGCUAGAUGGAUCCGGCAGUAUCCAAGCUGUCAACUUCGCAAAGGUCAAAAAGUUUGCAGUGGACUUGUCAGAUGGACUGAACAUCAGCCCAACGGCUACCAGAGUCGGCUUGAUAGAGUACACCGACUCUCCGACUGUGGAGUUUAAGCUGGCGGACCAUACCAACAAAGCCUCCCUAGCAACGGCCAUCAACAAUGUCAGUUACCAAAGCGGUGGCACACAGACUGGUAGGGCCCUGGAUGCUGCUCGUACUCAGAUGGAUUGGAGACAGCCACCUGUUAAGCGGGCUGCGAUUGUGGUGACUGACGGAAUGUCAGGUGACAAUGUUCAGCAACCGGCAAAAGCCCUCCGAGACAACGACAUCUCCGCGUAUGGAGUUGGCAUUGGACCUGCGAUUAAUGCAAACGAGCUGAAUGAAAUCGCCGGUGGUGAUGCUGGUCAUGUGUUCUACAUACCUAACUACGACAAGUUGGAGAAGGAGAUGGAGAAGAUUUCCAACAGUGUCUGUUCAGGUCCAGAAUGGCUGAUAUACUCGGGGGGAAGGUACCACGGAAAGGAAUGGAAGGCGUUCCCGGGCUACUACACCAGUGACCAGUUGAAGAAGAAGAUUGGGGACCAGAUUGGCUCAGCAAAACGUGUGUAG